AUGGAAACCCACAUUCUGCUAUUGGGUUUGGUGGUGGUUCUCAGCAGUUUCUCUCUUGCAUUCUCAUUUGAACCUAGUCCCUUACAGGACUUCUGCAUUGCUGACACUAGCAGCACAGUGAAAGUAAAUGGCUUGGCAUGCAAAAAUCCCAUGCUUGCUCAAGCUACUGAUUUCUCCUUCAGUGGCCUACAUCUAGCAGGCAACACAUCAAACGCAGUCGGCUCAAGAGUCACACCUGUCACUGCUGCCCAAAUACCAGGACUCAAUACGCUUGGCAUCUCCAUGGUGCGUUUAGACUACGCACCAUGGGGAAUUAACCCUCCUCACACUCACCCCCGAGCUACCGAAAUCUUGACAGUACUUGAAGGCACAAUCCAUGUAGGUUUUGUUACUUCAAACCCCGAGAACCGCCUCAUUAGUAAAGUUUUGCAGAAGGGAGACGUGUUUGUUUUUCCGAUUGGCCUUGUUCACUUCCAAAGAAAUGUUGGGACAGGAAAUGCUGUUGCUAUAGCCGCAUUGAGCAGCCAAAACCCUGGUGUCAUCACCAUUGUUAGUGCUGUUUUCAAAUCAAACCCUACCAUUCCUGGAGAUGUUCUCGCCAAGGCCUUUCAAGUUGAUAAAAACACAGUAAAUCUAAUCCAAUCAAGGAUCUAG